GGCGAAGGCGGAACGUAAUGACGUCAUCAGCGAAGCUCUGAGGUGUUUAUUGUUCGUUUCAGCGUCGAAGCGAGAAAAAGGGCCGCAGUGGAGCAGAAACGCGCGGAGGUUCCGGAUAAACCGCCAGUGAGAGCGCUGAGGCCGCCCGAGUCCUGCUGCAGCACACACAGCCCCGCGGAGCGCCGCUCGAAGCUUUUAUUGUUUUGCUCGGGAGCCAUUUUAGAGCGGCGGAGGCCGGAGAGCGCGGCGGGCCAUGGCGUACGCUUAUCUCUUCAAAUACAUCAUCAUCGGAGAUACAGGUGUGGGGAAAUCCUGCCUCUUAUUACAGUUCACAGAUAAGCGCUUCCAGCCCGUGCACGACCUCACCAUCGGUGUAGAAUUCGGAGCGCGGAUGAUCACCAUUGAUGGUAAACAGAUAAAGCUUCAGAUCUGGGACACGGCUGGUCAGGAGUCAUUCCGCUCCAUCACCAGGUCUUACUACAGAGGAGCUGCAGGAGCUCUACUUGUUUAUGACAUCACAAGAAGGGACACCUUUAACCACCUGACCACCUGGUUAGAAGAUGCCCGUCAACAUUCCAACUCCAACAUGGUCAUCAUGCUGAUCGGGAAUAAGAGCGACCUGGAGUCGAGGAGAGAGGUGAAGAAGGAGGAGGGAGAGGCCUUCGCUAGAGAACAUGGCCUCAUCUUCAUGGAGACUUCAGCCAAGACCGCAUCCAACGUAGAGGAGGCAUUUAUCAAUACAGCUAAGGAGAUUUAUGAGAAGAUCCAGGAGGGCGUGUUUGACAUCAACAAUGAGGCGAAUGGGAUCAAGAUUGGGCCGCAGCAUGCUGCCACUAACUCCACGCUGGCUGGAGGACAGGGAGGACAGCAGGCUGGGGGCGGCUGCUGCUGAAUUACCACUUCUACCCCUUUUACCCUGUCCCCUCCUCUGUCCCCUCCUCUUGUUUCUACUGGACUGGUCGCUCUCACUAACGUUUUCUUAACCCUCAAAUCCAAAUCAUGUACUAGAUGGCUGUAAACGAAAAAAAAAUUUAAAAAAAAAACAUAUAUAUAUAUACCUACUCCUGCAGAAGAUGCCCAGGUAGUGAAGUGAUGAGGAGCGGGUGGAGCUCUCCGUGCUCAGCUGCAGCAGGUUCCUGAUCGUACGGUUAGCUAGGCCUCGAGCCACGCUGGUCAAUAUUAUCUUCAUGUUUGUGGAUUUCUUUUUGUGCCCCUUUUUGUUGUUGUUGUUGACUUUGAGCUGAAUUGUAUUAAACACUACAAAGUCACCUCUAGUAUUUUAAUCGGUGUGUGUGUGAGAGAGAGAGAGAGAGAGAGAUUGACUGACUGACUCUGGAGUCCGGAUGAAGGGGCGUGUCCCAGCACUGAGUGACCACGGGGUCCUGGCUUAACAAAGGGGCAGGGCUUAGAUUGGAAGGGCUCUGCCAAUUGGAAACAUUCCAUUAUGACAUCACAGUGUAAUAGUUUAGCGAGCGUCAGUGAGCUUCCUAAAGGGAUUAGUCGGUGGGUCUGGUGUCACUCUGAGCUGCUGGAGGAGGAACAGAGCACAAAGACUCGCUGGGGUCAUCAGGUCUGUGAUUGGUGGAUCAUUAACAAACUCCGCCCCUGUCGACACAGCUCCACUCGUCACUCAGUAAAACGUGGGGGGGGCUGUGAUGAAAUGAGCAGUUGUGAUUAAAAUGAAGAUAAGCAGGUGUGUGUGUGUGUGUGAGAGAGAGAGAGAUGUGUAUUUAUCAGGACACUCUGUAUAUAUGGCGCUAAGUUCUUGCUUUGAUGUACAUUAGAGUUAAAUUAGCCUUUUUUUGACCCGACGCAGUGUGAGUAGAGCUUGAGAAUGCGACAGUAUUCUGCGCUGUUUUGACUUUUUCCGCCUGAUUCCUUUGACUUCCUGCCUCCUCCUCUUCUCCAUCGUGUAUAGAAACUUCACAUAGAUUUAUUAUACUGUGGAUCUGUUUAAAUGCCAAUUUUGUGUUGAUCCGUGUCUCUGAAACACAGUUCGCCUUAAACCCAUAUCAGAGCGGCGUUUAACAUAAUCAUGGCACAUUACAGAAGAUAGGACGGCGGAUACGCGUGUUCUCACACACACUAAUCCUGUAUACUCAGUUUGAUAUAUACAAUAUAAAAUGUUCAUUAGAAUUGUUCCUGUAGCGUCAGUCCAGCCCCGCCUCCUCCAUGCAUACGGCUCGCGCUCUCCACUGCCGCCCUGUCCCCUCCCUCUGGGUGAAUAUCUUGUCUGUGGUGAAAGGGCGUGCGGUAAAAAGCCAAACUGAAGUAAAGUUGUGAUUCUCCACUAUUAUUUGCUGUGUUCUUCAAAUACAAUGCUAUCACAAUAAAACAUGAAUAAAACUCC